AUGGGCAGGUAUGAUGAUCCGGAUGGCGUGACUUUAGAUUUGGUUACAGUCGCCCUUAACUCUGUCGAGUUGGUCCAACUUCAUAUUGGUGAUUUGGUUAAAAGCCAGAUCGUUGAUUUAUUGCAACUCUCUCAACCGUUUCAUCUGAAUAGCAGUCGGAAGCAUCUUCGGCACAGAGUUUCUAAGGUUCAGGGACACUUGUUGGCAGGGGAUGCAGUGCGCAGUGCGAGGUCGCCAAUUCAAAAGAGCAUGGACGGAGUGGACGAAGAGGAAGAAGAGCGGGAAAAGGAAGAGGAGUACGAGAAAAUGGCGGCCAAAGUGUGCUGUGUGUGCAGAGUGGCCAUCGUCGAGAGCGAGACGCCGGGCAACAGCGAGCCGUUGCCGCCGCGACGCUACUGA